AAAACUCCUAACCCGUGGAUAAUAAUCCCUGCGCAGACGCAGGCCCAAUAAUUAUAAUAAUAAUAAUAAUAAUGAAAAAGAAAAGUUAAAGACCGAAACCCGGAGAACUCGGGCCGGGUUAUUUAUGCAUUACUUUGGACCGAGCCCAUUUGACACAGCUUUUAGCUUCUUCGACCUCUGCUGUUACUAGAGUAGUAUGGCACAAGCCGUUGGGGCACGAUCACCAUGGAAGCCGCUUCCCUCCUCCUCCUCCGCCCCUUCGUCACCACCUCGUCCUCCGCCUCUUCUUCCCUUUCUCUCUCCCGCCUCCUCCCUUUAAACCCUAACUUCUCCCUUCUCCGCCGCCGCCGCAGCAGCAGCAGCAGCAGAUGGAGAACCCCCUUCCCUCCCUCUCCCAAUCUCCCCCUUCGAAACCCUAAUCGCCUCCGCGUGCUCCGCCUCUCCCUCUCGGAAUCCUCCACCAACAACUCGCCCACCGCGGCCGAUCCCCCCGAAGCGCCCGCGCCGGAGCCGGAGCCCCUCUUCUCGCGGUGGUCGCCGCCGCGGCCGCUGUGGCGCGGCCUCUCGGCGCUGGUGCUCGCGGGGCAGGUGGCGCACCGCGUGCUCACGGGGCGCGUCCACCGCCGCAACACGCUGCAGCAGCUGGAGCGCGUGGGCCCGGGCUCCACGGGCGUGGCGCUCCUCACGGCGGCGUUCGUGGGCAUGGCCUUCACCAUCCAGUUCGUGCGCGAGUUCACCCGCCUCGGCCUCCACCGCUCCGUGGGCGGCGUCCUGGCCCUGGCCCUCUCCCGCGAGCUCAGCCCCGUCGUCACCGCCGUCGUGGCCGCGGGCCGCGUGGGCUCCGCCUUCGCCGCCGAGCUCGGCACCAUGCAGGUCUCCGAGCAAACCGACACCCUCCGCGUCCUCGGCGCCCACCCCGUCGACUACCUCGUCACCCCGCGCGUCCUGGCCUGCUCCCUCGCCCUCCCCGUCCUCACCCUCCUCUGCUUCGCCGUCGGCCUCGCCUCCAGCGCCUUCCUCGCCGACGCCGUCUUCGGCGUCAGCAUCAACAUCAUCCUCGACUCCGCCCGCCGCGCCCUCCGCCCCUGGGACGUCCUCAGCGCCAUGAUCAAGUCCCACGUCUUCGGCGGCAUCAUCGCCGUCGUCAGCUGCGCCUGGGGUGUCACCACGCUCGGCGGCGCCAAAGGGGUCGGCGAGUCCACCACCUCCGCCGUCGUCAUCUCCCUCGUCAGCAUCUUCAUCGCCGACUUCGUCCUCUCCUACCUCUUCUUCCACGGCGCCGCCGGAGACUCCCUCAAGUACGCCAUGGGCUAGGCUAUGCUCUACUGCAAAGGGACCGAUCGACUUCCUGGUACGCAUGUGUGUUAAAAAAAAAAAGAAAAGAAGAAGACUCAUUCCUCCCUAUCUGCUGUUUCUUUUCGUAUGCUGAGCUGAGCUGAGCUGAGCUGAGCUGUGGUAGUAAAGCUGAUGAAAUUGGGCGGCAUUGGCUUGUCUGAUCCAAUUCUACUCCAAUAAUUAAUGAUGAUCUGUUUCUGUGAUGAAAACCCUUAUAAAUGCUUUCAUGCUUGUGCUAGUCUAAUGUGGUAAUGCUCGUUUGUAGACAUAGCAAAAUAUGAGGCAUUCAUUACUUGUAAACGAUUUUCCGAGAAGAUCAGGAUCUACUACUUUUCUUUUUGGACACGGGGAAAAUAAUGCAUAAUUGUAUUGUAUACUCUCCGAAAAUGCUAUUUCACUGUACCAUUGUCCGAAAUUCUUAUCGAA